AUGUCCCCGCGUGGUACUAUGGGCUGGUCUGAGCGGGAAGAGGAGAACCUUCUUCCCUGGUUGGACGAGAACCGCACAUUGCCGUGGAAAGCCCUUGCGGACGCGUAUAGUGAACAAUUCGGUGUAAACCGAAGCGUUGAAUCAUUACGUGGCAAAAAGUACCAUAUUUUGCGAAAGAAAGGUCGCACCAAUGCCCGAUCUCAUAAGAGUCAUGGUCGCCGUAAACGACCCGGGCCCAGCCGCCGCUCGAUUGGAAUGAAGGCCUCUCAGUCAGACGCUCCAGUCAAAGCUGCAGCUCAAAGCAACAUCGACCUGUGGUUCCAGACAAUCCUCACGGCCGAACCCAGCUCUACUGAUAGCAGCGAAUCAAUGCUGUCAAGGCGUUCGAUUUCAGAUCGCUUGACACCAGCGUUUACCAAUUCCUUUCCCAAAAAUUCACGAGCGUCAUCUUGGAUCUGGGAGUAUGUGCACCGUGUCUGCGCUACUGGGAAGCUGGAGCUGUAA